AUGCUUGCGUCCUUUAACGACACUGGUGCGAGCGCCGCUAGCACUAGCGCGUCCUACUUUGACGGAAAGCUCAACACCCGCAUCCGGUCCGACUUUGGAGUCUUCAACAUCAACUUCCCACCCACAGCGAUUCCUUACUGGGCCUAUCGUUUUUGCGACGCGAAGGGCCAGCCCGAGUUCUUCGCCGCUGCUACUACGAGUUCAGCAGCUAAUUACCUCCGCAAGAUCUUCGAGAGCAGUCAAGGUGCCGAUACAGACCCGUCAACCGAGGAAUCUGACCGGCCCAAGCGACGGCGCUUGCAGUACAGCACCGUGCCGCGUGCCAGAGUCAAGGUGAUCCGAGAACUGAGCCUGGGACUUCUGGUCAACACCAAUGCUCCCUUUUCUUUCUUUAGCGAUGCGUUCUUUCAACAACUCGCCUGGCGACUUGACCCUCACCUAUCUGACCAGAUAUCAUGGAGCCGUCUGCUGGAUGACACGUACAGGUGCAAGAAGGAUGAGGUCAAGCAGGAGCUUUUAGAUGCCCUUAGCAAAAUUCAUCUGGGGUUCGACCUGUAG